UUUCAUUAUUUCUCCGGCUACGCAUGGAAUUGCAAGUAAAGUGCCUUCCCGGACUCGUCGUUGGGGAGAGUCUCUCGCACCUCAAUCUCUGGGACUUUUUCCCUGUGAGUUAUGGGCUGCAGCGUGUCCUGAAUUGAAGGGACUAAGUUGGGAUUCGCUUUCAGCAUGUCAGACUCCAAUUUCUGGACGGUCCUCUCUAAUUUUACGCUGCCUCAUUUAAGAAAUCGAAACAGGCUCCGACGCACGCAGAGUUGUCGGACAAGCAACAGGAAGAGUUUAAUUGGCAGCACUCAAUCCCCUGCCCUUCCCCGACCUCAUUCUCCUCUCUCGGCUCACACAGGUAGCAGCCCUCAAGACAGCCCGAGGAAUUUCUCGCCCAGCGCAUCUGCUCAUUUUUCAUUUGCACGAAGAACUGAUGGACGUCGCUGGUCCUUGGCAUCCCUGCCUUCGUCUGGAUAUGGAACAAACACGCCAAGCUCUACUGUUUCUUCAUCCUGCUCCUCCCAGGAGAAGUUACACCAAUUACCGUAUCAACCCACACCUGAUGAACUCCAUUUUUUGUCCAAACAUUUCUGCACUGAAAGCAUUGCUGGCGAUGACAGAUGCAGGACUGCUCAGCUGCGCCCGAGAUCCAGAAGUCUCAGCCCUGGACGUACGCCUGCAUGCUGUGACCAUGAAAUAAUUAUGAUGAACCAUGUGUACAAAGAACGAUUCCCAAAGGCAACUGCUCAGAUGGAAGAGCGACUACAGGAGAUCAUCACCAACUAUUCUCCUGACAGUGUGCUCCCCCUGGCAGAUGGGGUGCUUAGCUUCACCCACCACCAGAUUGUUGAGCUAGCUCGGGAUUGUUUGGAUAAAUCCCACCAAGGCCUCAUAACGUCACGAUAUUUUCUGGAGUUACAGCAAAAACUGGAAAAGUUGCUGCAGGAGGCCCACGAACGAUCGGAAAGCGGAGACCUGGCGUUUAUUAAACAACUAGCCCAAAAAAUUCUUAUUGUGAUUUCUCGGCCCGCUCGACUGCUGGAAUGCCUGGAGUUUGAUCCGGAAGAAUUUUAUUACUUGUUGGAAGCGGCGGAAGGCCAUGCCAAAGAGGGGCAAGGUAUUAAAACGGAUAUCCCCAGGUACAUUAUAAGUCAGCUGGGUCUUAACAAGGAUCCUCUCGAAGAAAUUGCUUUGCUGGCAAAUUAUGACAGUGGGACCGCAGAAACGCCGGAAACGGAUGAAUCAGUCAGUAGCUCAAAUACGUCCCUGAAAAUUAGACGAAAACCUUGCGAAAGUGAUUUUGAAGCGGUGAAACUCAUUAGUAACGGCGCUUAUGGUGCUGUUUACCUUGUGCGUCAUAAAGAAACCCGUCAAAGAUUUGCCAUGAAAAAGAUCAACAAGCAGAACUUAAUCCUCCGAAAUCAGAUUCAACAGGCGUUUGUGGAAAGGGAUAUACUAACAUUUGCAGAAAAUCCAUUUGUUGUCAGCAUGUAUUGUUCAUUUGAGACAAGACGCCAUUUAUGCAUGGUCAUGGAGUAUGUUGAAGGAGGAGACUGUGCGACCUUAUUGAAGAAUAUAGGUCCAUUGCCAGUGGACAUGGCACAGAUGUAUUUUGCUGAAACGGUUCUGGCCUUGGAAUAUCUCCAUAACUAUGGAAUAGUGCACCGAGAUCUGAAACCUGACAACUUGUUGGUGACAUCCAUGGGGCAUAUCAAGCUUACGGAUUUUGGACUUUCAAAAGUGGGCCUUAUGAGCAUGACAACCAACUUGUAUGAGGGACAUAUUGAGAAAGAUGCACGCGAGUUUCUUGACAAACAGGUGUGUGGCACCCCGGAAUAUAUAGCCCCAGAAGUGAUCUUGCGGCAGGGUUACGGGAAACCUGUGGAUUGGUGGGCAAUGGGAAUUAUCCUCUAUGAGUUUCUGGUUGGCUGUGUGCCAUUCUUUGGGGAUACCCCAGAAGAACUUUUUGGGCAGGUUAUCAGCGAUGAAAUCAAUUGGCCAGAAAAGGAAGAUGCUCCGCCAACUGAUGCUCAGGAUCUAAUAUCUUUUUUGCUCAGGCAAAACCCUAUGGAAAGACUGGGGACAGGUGGUGCGUAUGAAGUAAAACAGCACCCCUUUUUUUGUGCCUUAGACUGGAACAGUUUAUUAAGACAAAAGGCAGAGUUCAUUCCACAGCUGGAGUCAGAGGACGACACUAGCUAUUUUGACACGCGUUCUGAGAAGUACCAUCAUAUGGAAACUGAAGAGGAAGAUGAUACAAAUGAUGAAGAUUUCAGCAUGGAAAUUAGACAGUUUUCUUCUUCUUCCCACAGAUUUUCAAAAGUAUUUAGUAGCAUUGACCAAUUAAUGCAAAGCAAAGUAGAAGAGAAGGACAAUGUCUCAGAAAAAUCAAGUAACCUCAAUUUACCACCCGUGGAAUCCUUAAGCUGGAGUUCUGAGUAUUCAGAAAUGCAGCAACUGUCUAUAUCAACGUCUUCUGACACGGAAAGUCGCGCCGAUCGGCACAAUAGCCUGCUACCCAAAUUUGCCAUUUCCUCAGAUACAGAACAUGAAGACCUUGGUGAAUCCCAACAAAAUCCAGAUAAGCCUGCUCUAGUAUCUGUGGACUCCCUGCAAGAGGAUCCAGAUGCUACUACUCCAGUCAGCAUUAGUAGUUCUACGGUGUCAGUGAGUAGUUUCUCAGAGCACUUAGAUCAGAUAAAUGGAAGAAGCGAGAGUGUGGACAGUACAGAUAAUUCCUCAAAGCCCUCCGAUGAAACAACGUCUCAUACGGUUCAUCAGCGAUUAGAAAGCACAGAGAAACAGAAACUGUCUGGAAAAGUCACUAAGUCCAUCUCUGCUAGCGCUCUCUCCCUUAUGAUCCCUGGAGACGUGUACAGCGUAUCUCCAUUGGGAAGCCCCAUAUCUCCACUCUCCAUGUCUUCAGACCCUUCCUCAAGAGAUUCCUCUCCUAGUCGCGACUCCUCCAUCUCUUCUUUUACUCCAAAACAGCCAAUCGUUAUUCAGAGUUCUGGGAAGAAGUUUGGAUUCACUCUUCAAGCCAUUCGAGUGUUUGUUGGCGACAGUGAUGUCUACACAGUUCAUCAUAUUGUCUGGAAUGUUGAAGAAGGGAGCCCUGCCUAUCAAGCAGGUCUUAAGGCUGGGGACCUUAUUACGCACAUAAAUGGCGAGCCAGUCCAUGGACUUGUACACACUGAGGUCAUAGAACUACUUCUGAAGAGUGGUCGCAGGGUAGCUAUCACUACAACUGCCUUUGAGAAUACUUCAAUCAAAACAGGGCCUGCAAGAAGAAAUAGUUACAAAAGCCGCAUGGUUAGACGGAGUAAGAAAACCAAGAAGAAGGAGAAUAUGGAAAGGAGGAGGUCUUUCUUUAAAAAGCUAGCAAAGCAGCCAUCUCCUCUCCUUCACACAAGCAGAAGUUUUUCCAGCCUAAACCGAUCACUCUCCUCUGGGGAAAGUUUGCCUGCAUCUCCAACUCAUAGUUUGUCUCCAAGAUCUCCUACUCCAAGUUGCCGCUCCACCCCAGAUUUCCCUUCUGGAACAAACUCUUCACAGAGCAGCUCUCCGAGUUCUAGUGCACCAAACUCCCCAGCGGGUUCUGGCCAUAUACGACCAAGCACUCUUCAUGGCUUAGGUCCAAAGAUUGGAGGACAAAGAUACAGGUCUGGACGACGUAAAUCUGCUGGUAGCAUUCCACUCUCACCAUUAGCCAGGACGCCGUCACCAACACCACAGCCGCCAUCUCCCAAGCGAUCUCCAUCACCUCUAUCUGGGCAUGCAGCGGGAAAUUCGAAAGCAACCCCAAAUUUCCCUGCGAAAACACACUCUCCUCCAACCAUUGUACGGCAUGUUGUUCGACCUAAAAGUGCCGAGCCCCCUAGGUCUCCGUUGUUAAAGAGAGUCCAGUCAGAGGAAAAACUGUCACCAUCGUAUUGCUGUGAAAAAAAGCAUUUAUGUCCCCGCAAGCACAAUCUUGAAAUAACAAAGGAAGAAGCACACAAGCAACCCUCUCAAAGAGAUAUAGCUUUGCAAAGCCUAGAAGUGAAUACUUGUGAUGCCCCUUCAUCGACACGAGUUAGGCCUGUAGAACAAGGCUGUCUGAAGCGGCCAGUGUCGAGAAAGGUAGGCAGGCAAGAGUCUUUAGAUGAAUUAGACAAAGAAAAACUAAUGGCCAAGAUAGCCAUAAAGAAAAAAGACUUGUCUGAAAGAAAAGACCCUGCUUUGAAACAAAGCAUAAUGCAUGAUCUGCGUAAUGAGCUUGGGAAUCAGGCCACAUUAGGAGUGCAGAACAAGGAAGAAAGAGGACCCCAGAAUAAGAGAUCAAAUCAAUCAGAUAAUAAACUUACUCCCAACGAGAGUCAAUCUGGAAGUAUUACAUUUAAAGACACACACUCCAAAGGCAUGGGUCCUUGGUCUAAUGGUGCCAGAGUUCCAUCCGAUUCCCACUUGUGCCAUGGGUCUCAGCCUGUCGAAACUGCGCUUGUUUCAUACGAAUUAAAGAAAAAUCCUUCUGCUUGCACUCUUCUUGAAAGGCUUCCUCAUUCACCAGAUAGAAUAUUAAAGGAUGAGACUCCAGAGAAAUCAACCAAUGGUGAUCUUCUUAGAAAGAAAAUAUCAUUUGAUGAAAAGGAUGGCAGUCUUAGCGCUGUACUACAGCUGAAGCCUUCAUACUUACACAGCGAUUCUGUGAGUUCCCUUGAUAACAGAACUUCUAUGGCUGCUGUUCAGAGUACGUCACUUUCCUUUACAUCACUAAAAGCCACUACCAAUAGAUUAGAGAACAAUGCUGAUAAACCUCUGGUCAUACCCUCUGAAGCAUCCGUCCGAAAAAGCCCUUCUGAAUAUAAGUUGGAAACUAGAUCUGUUUCUUCUUUGAAACCAAUUGAAGGAACAUUAGAUAUAGCAUUGCUGUCGGGACCAAAAGUUUCAAAAACAGAGUCUGAUGGUAUCUUGUCAGACAAACAAUGUUACAAUAAGACAUCUAAAACUGAGCAGUCAAUAUUUAAUUCAAAGCUUGAAACUGUAUACAAAUCAGCCAAUAUAAGCACAUUAAUACCUGAGACAAGCUCUAAAUGCUUAAGCCAGCAUCCUGCACACCAGGGACCCAUUAAAGAGAAUCCUAAAGAAUCUGUACAGUCCAAACACAAUGUCACAGAGAUGACUGAAAAUAAGGAAAUAGUUUCCAUUUCCAUGGCAAGCUCUAGUGAGUUUAGAGGCAACCACAAUUUGGAGGCAGCUCGUUCGACAGUUAGGUGUCCAGAGGUUGAUGUAUUGCCUGCUUUUAUGAAAGGUAAUAGACAAGAAAUGAGAAGUCAGGACUUGUCCUCAGUCAAGUGCUCAUUGGAGCAAAGAUUUGCUAACUCAGACUCUGAAAAAACGAAUUCAUCCAGAGAAUCCUCGGGGAAUGCAGUCAGAAAUGCCUUGACAAAAUCCAGUAACUCAGACCAAGGCGUAUCUGCACUAGGCAAGUUGGGAGAUCUAAAAAAUUCAGCAGGGACACGGACAGAUCUCACCCAAAAUGUAAACAAAUUGAAGGCUACAACAGAUUCCUCCAGUCAUUCUGAGAAUGUACACAACAAAAUAACAUCCAAUAUGCAACCUACUUCUCCCCUUAUUAGGAACGGCAAAAGCGAAAAGCCGCAAGAAAGUACAAUCCUCCAAAACAGUAUUUCAUAUGCAGCAAAGACUAAGGAAGUAUCACUUCCGGUUACUAAGGCACAAAGCUGUGGUGGAACACCGCAGUCUGUCUCUACCGGUAUUUGCUCCGGAGAGGGUAACCAUGUACAAGUAAAAUCCCCUCUGCCUGUAAAACAUCAGUCCGCUCGCAUGCAUUUGGAUGACUGCCUCAAUAAAUCGAAAGAAGGAGUUGAUUAUAAAUCUAGUUCCUUUAGAACAACACAGACUGAAAGACCUAGUUUUCUUCAAAGUCAGUGUGUCAGCUUGGCAAAGAAAGAAGUGGUUAUGCAGAAAUCAUCUUGUACCGAUAAAAUGAGCAGUGGUCCCAGCACCGAUUCCCUGUCCCAGGGUAAAGAGACUGUUAAAACAGAAAAGAAUUCCAUUGCUUCUGCUCCUAAAGGAAGUACAAAGAGCACCUUGGCUGGAACCGCAUCUGAAUUUCAAUUGAAUGGAAACCAGUCAUCAAACCCGGAGGCUCCAGUAUGUUCUAACCCUGUCAAUCUCAACGAAUGCUCUGCAAAGACUCACUUAAGAGAAAAAACAAGCCUCCAUCCUAAGCUUACUCGAGCAACAGCAGGCAAAAGCUGUGUUCAGAGCAGACCAUCUCUAGAUGGGUCGGAACUUGGACUUUCGGCUAAAGAUAAGUCACAAAAUAAAUGCACCGAAGCACUUUAUGUCCCAGGUGACAAAAGAGAAACUAAGUUUGGAUGCAAUGUUACAAAAAGGGAAGUGACUUUUGAAAAGCCCAAACCUGGUAGCUCUCCAAACUUAAUAGGGAAAGAAUCAGAGGUUAAGAAGGUGUCCUGCGAUGCAGAUAGUGUUGCUGCUUUGCCUGUAACUACCAUUGUACCUCAAACUGAUGGGUCCUUGGUGAAAGUGCAUUCAUCUGAAUGUUCGGUAAGCACUUGUAAGGAAAAAAACGAACAACCUGCUAGUGUGAAUGUUACAAAUUCCAAGGCUAAAAAAGAAUUGUCGUUAUCUGGUAAAAGUCAUGCCUUAUCAAAGGAAGAUAACUUACCUUCUAAAUCUGUUUCUGAAAAGCACCCAUGCCUCGUUACACACACUGUAAAUGCAGUCAUUAAUCGGAGGGAUCCUCCCCUCUCCCCCAGUAAGAAAACUGCAACCAAAAAUUUGCCCAAAUCACCAGCAUCGAUUGAUAAUUCCUGUGCACUUUCCUCUGACAAAGACAUUAAAGGACAAAAACGAGGCAAGGAAGCAUCACAGAGUAACCCCAACCAAAAGACUGCAUGAUCGGCCAACAUCUUCAAGACCUCUUUACUGUAGUAGCUGCUAGCCUCGGAAUACCUUCAGAAACCAGCACUGUGUCGUGUAUUCCAUGCAACGUUCCAUGUGGUGGGGUCAAAACGGAUGUAACACAAUUCUCCCACACUGUUUUCUGUCUGCUUUGGGUAAAUUGUUCUGGUGUAUAAGUCGGAGGACUGGAAGGGCUAUGGGAAAAUGGUCUGUGUAAAAUAUCAAUGUUGCAUAUUGUGAUGAAUGUAGAAUAUACAGUUUGCUGCUGAAUUUCACUCUUUGUUUUCUGAAGCUAAAUAUGCAUCUCUAAAACUCAAAGAAAAUUGACAAUACCAUAUUUACUUUAAAUUAGCUCAUCUUUUUGAACGUUGGUGCUUAGGAUGGAAAUUAAAAUGCAAAUGAGUGGCUUUGCAUUGUGAUUUUC